AUGGACGGAAAUAAAAGACCUAGUAAACCUACAUCUCAAGAAAAAAAAUUAAAACAAAAUAAUGACAAACCAGAAACCAUUGAUGAUACCAUAAUACCAAUAAAGGAAUUAACUUUAUAUUCUGUCAACUGGUGUAUUCUUGGUAAAGUUGUUAAUAAAACACAACUCAAAACUUUUGAAAAUUCCCGAAAUGCAGGUAAAUAUUUUUCAUUUGUUAUGGCUGAUAAUACAAGUGAAAUAAAGAUAACAGCUUUUGGCGAUCAAUGUGAUAAAUAUUUUGAUCAAAUCAUGGAACAAAAAAAUUAUAAAAUAAAAUAUGGAACGAUCAAGGAUACCAAUAAGACUUAUUCAACAAUUAAUCAUGAUUACGAAAUUAACAUAAACUCAAGUACAGUAAUUGUUGAAUCGCCCGAAAAUAUAACUAUUGUCGAAACGAAUUUAGCUAAAUUAAAUUCAAUUCCUGACCAUCAAAUAGGAACAAUAGUGGAUGUGAUUGGUAUUAUUAAAUAUUGUGAAGACGCUAAUACAAUAACUACAAAAGACAAUAAAACUAAAACAAAACGUGAUAUUACAAUUAUGGAUGAUACUGCAACUUCAAUUACAAUAACUCUAUGGGAAGCUGAAGCAAACAAUUAUAAUCCAAUUCCAAGUAACAUAAUAAUGGCCCGAAAGCUACGAAUAAUAUCCUAUCAAGGAUUGAAAUUAUCAACAACCGCAGCAACAACAAUAACAAUUAACCCACAAAUACCUGAAAGUGAUCAAUUGCGAAAUUGGUAUCAACAACAUAAUACAAACGAACCAAUUCAAUUAAGUUCGGCUUUAUACCAACACUCAUAUUUGUAUAAAAUAAAUUAUGAGGAAAUAACAAAACUUGCUAACUUAACACUAACAACAAAUGUGAUCGCAACAAUUACAGCAAUUUUACAAUCAACAUUCUACAAUGCUUGCCCAAAUACAAUUUGCAAAAAAAAGGUUGAGAAACCAUAUUGUGAAAAUUGUAAAGCAAACAUAAUCAUGCAAAGGAAAAUGGUAUUGACAAUGAAACUAACCGAUGCAACAUGUUCAAUAUAUGUUAAAGUAUUCGAUGAAGAGAUUCAAAAAUUAUUGCAUAUCAAUGCAAAUGAUUUGGAGCAAUUAUCUUUAAAUGAUAAAAACAAAUAUAAUUUAAAAAUAAAUACAAUCAUACUAACAAAAUGGAGCUUCAAAAUUAAAUCAACUAUAAAUACAUACAAUGAAACGACAUCAAUCUCAAACAAGAUAAUCUCAUUGGAUGAAAUUACAUCACCUACUUACAUCCACAAUUUGAAACAUCAAAUCGAUACUCUAACUAAAUUGACUAAAUAA